AACGUUGACUGGAGGUCUCGGGUAUAAAUGCAGGGGUAUCUUGGCAUUGAGUCAUUCCAGCUUUUCGCCUGAGAACCUAUCUGUUUUUGAAGCUAUAAAAGAUGCACUGUAGUCGGUGAUCAUCUUUAUCUCAUCAUGACGUCCAUGAUGCUGUGGUCGCUUCUGCUGGCGCUGACUGUAACAACUGUGUCCAGCUUAUCAGAUCUUGUCUCUUACGACAUCAACACCCAGGCCAUAUGUACCGAAGUGACAAGAGCUCGUACCUUAAAGUGUGUGUGGCCGGCUGGACUCAACCCCUUUGCUGACCAGAUAGCUGAGGGAGGCCGUAUUAUCGCCUAUAAGAUACAGUGGUUCAAUGGAGCUUGGUCCGGCUGGUACGUCCCUGGAUACAACGAUAUUGACUCGAAGUUCAACCCCUCUGCUCGCAGAUGUGCCGAGCUACCCUACAGGGCUAACACGAUGAGAAGAAUGUGGUCGUAUUUCUACGAUCACACACACAGAUUCAUCAUAUGUAAAGCACAAUGAUUGUGUAGGUCAUGUACCUGACCCUGACAUAAUAAUAAACGCAGAUGAAGCGUC